AUGAGUGCUAUGGAUAUUGAUGAGCCUGUUCCCACUGCAGGAGGAAGUGAUGAUGUAGCUGCUCCUAGCAAAAGCAAGGAUGUUGCUGUCAAGAAACGUUUCGAGGUUAAAAAGUGGAAUGCAGUGACCAUGUGGGCUUGGGAUAUUGUUGUUGACAACUGUGCCAUUUGCCGUAAUCAUAUCAUGGAUCUUUGCAUCGAGUGUCAAGCCAACCAGGGAUCCGCUACCACAGAAGAAUGUACUGUUGCAUGGGGAGUAUGUAAUCAUGCCUUUCACUUUCAUUGUAUUUCUCGAUGGCUCAAGACUCGGCAAGUGUGUCCGCUUGACAAUCGUGAAUGGGAAUUUCAAAAGGUAACACAUUCGAAUAUAUGUUCCAAAUGGCGCAAUCCAAGUAGAAUCAUUUGCUUUAACAUUGCUAUUUGA